AUGACUUCUAUUUCCCAACUUACAGAAGAGGAAAAAUACUUCGCCAGAUUUUUCUUCCUAAAUUUUAAAGUAUCACCAGACAUUGUCAGGCGAUUCUUUGACGGAGUGUUUCCGCCAGCACAAUUACCUCAGACAAUUAACUAUAAUACUGGUGCUAUUAUGAGGUUGAACAAAUCAAAAAUAAUCAGUAACACCCAAUUGGAAAUACUAAGGGCCAUUCCAGGAACGGUAUGGCCAUCGUAUCUUCCUGCGAUGCCUGUAGGGGGCAAAGCUACAUCUUCCAAAGACUUUGAUUUAACACUGAUGAUAUGUCUGCUGCGAAAUAUAGGAAAUUUAAAACAACCCUCAAAGGGAUGGGACCAACUUCCGAAUCCGAACGACAUGUCACCUGGAGCAAACCUGGCUACAUUGAAGUGGUACAGAAAUAAGUUAGCCCAUACGACAGUUACCUCUAUGGAUAAAAAUGAUUUCACAGACAAAUGGACUCGGGUUGAAAAGGCAUUGACAUCUUUAAAUAUAGGAAACAGGCCAACCGAGCUCAAUGAAAUCUUGAAUUACGAUCUUGAUGGGGAACAAGCAAAAACAUUUGCAAAUGCAGAACUGAAGCAGAUGAAAAAAGAAUACAUGGAUUGUGAAAAAGAAAAAGAACAGAUAGAAAGUGACUUCUCGCAUUACAAGGAUGGAAAUCUGCCGAAAAAUUAUGCAGAAGCGAAUACAUCUUUUGUGGAAGCAUGGCGAAAAGAGGACGAGAGUUUUUAUGAGACAGAGGGGUCGGAACUUGUAUAUGAUAAAGUACAGGAUUCUUGCUGUAUUUUGGUGACUUCCAAUUCGGGAUUAGGAAAGACAGCCACCAUUCGACAUAUCGCAUUAAAACUUCAACCGGAAGGAUUUGAAAUCGUUUCCAUAGAAUCCCCGGACGACAUAAUCAAAUACAAAACAAAUCAAAAACAAGUGUUUCUUAUUGAUGAUGUCCUUGGUAAAUACGCGUUAAGUCCUACCCUGUUAGAAAAAUGGGAAAGAAUAAACGAAAAAUUAAUGAACUGCUUGGAAACAGAAUUAGGUUCGAAGAAACUAUUGUGUACACUAAGAUUACAGAUAGCACGCCACAAAAGAUUUAAAAAUGCAUCGACAAUUUUAAAUAAAGAAGUUAUAGAUUUAGAGAGUGAGUCUUAUGCUCUUUCAAAGGAUGAAAAGAAGAAAAUAUUGAUAGAACAUCUUAAGAAAAAGAACCUAGAAAAGGAAAUUAAAAACGAAGAGGUUGAGAUAAUGUGUCAAACGAAUUAUGCAUUUCCUCUUCUUUGCAAAUUAGUUUCAAAUGACAAGGAGAGAUUCAAAAAUAGAAUUGCAUUCUUUAGACAACCAUUAGUACUGUUGAGGGAUGAACUUGAACAAAUUAGUAAUCAAAAUAAAAAGCUUUAUUGCAUUUUGGUGAUAUGUAUGUUGAAUAAUGGAACAAUUAGUAAAGGUAUAUUUCAUAUUGACUCAGAUGAUUAUGAUGACAAAAUUUACAGAAUAAUGGAGACUUGCGGACUUGAAAGAAACAUGCAUAAAAAAAAUCUCGAGGAUAGCGCUCUUUCUGCUAUAGGAUCUUAUUUCACUGAGGACAGUUGGAAUUUUCAUUUUAUUCACGACGCUCUUGCAGAGACAAUCUGCUGCCAUUUCUAUACGUUUGAUUCCAGAGUUAUGUUUUCAGACUGUGAUAUUUUGUUUAUAAGAGAUCGAGUUAGAGUUCAUUUCAAUGAAAACAUUAACGACAAUACGGAUGAAAAUAUUAUAUUUAUUCAUGAAGAUAAAUUAAAUGAGGAUUGUCUUUCAACGUUAUAUGAUAGAAUGUGGACUGAAUUAAAUAAUGGGAGAUUUUCAAAUUUGUUGAUGAGUCAUCUCUUUAAGAAUAGAAACUUCGUUCGGAUAUUUGGAAGCCAUUCUGAAAGUUAUGGUAGCAAGCUGGGACCAAAAUAUACAUUUAUGAACAUUGUUAGUUCCGAGCGAAAUGAAAGCAGCGAUGGGUCAUUCUUUGAAAAAAUGUUUAAGAUUAAAUCUGUUGAUGAAUUGCAUUAUAAAAAGAAUGCUAUUAGUCGAGUUAUAGAAGCUGUACCUUUCAGAAGUACACUUCUGUACUGGAUUGUUGCCUUUGGGUGCGAUGAAUUCUUUCAAUACGCAUGGAGUGAAAUUACAACUUUAGAUCGUAAUUCGAUUCUGGGAACAGAUUUUACUUUUCUACCCACUGUCAAGUCCUUCUUUCCUCUAGCUGUUCUAGGGGGUAGCUUACAGAUUGUGAAAGAAUUAAUUGGUGUUGGAGAAGAUGUUUCUAUUGUAGCUGUUUCUGGUUUAGAUGUUUCUGUUGCAGAUGUUAACUGCUUUUCCGAAUGUUGUGAAACACCUUUAUAUAUAGCAGUAAAGUCAUGUCGCUUUGAUAUGGCACGCUUACUUGUUAACAAUGGAGCAAAAGUAAACCUACGAGGAUGGUUUACAAUGAAUGUUCCAAUUAUGGUUACUUCAAACAAUAACGAGUUAACUAGUUUGAUUCUUGAACAUGAUUUAAGCCAGACUGAUCUUCAUAAAGCCGUCCUGAAAAACGACUUAAACAUUUUGAAAUCAAAUAUUCGAUCAGAGAAUAUUAAUUCUAAAACAAAGAGCGGAUGGACAAUCCUGCAUUACGCUGUGAUAUGUAACAAUUUAGAAGCUGUGAAGGUAUUAUUUCCUGUUAAAAUGCCCCAAAACGAUGAGCCAUAUUCUGAAAUUAACUCAGUAGAUGAAAGAACACUUUUGUGUAGAAAGACGACACUAAAAAUAGACAUGGUUGACAACAACGGACUGACUGCUGUCCAUCUAGCAGUUAUGAACAAUAAUACCGAAAUACUAUCUGUUUUGCUGUGUAAUAAAGCUGAAGUAAAUGUUCGUGACGUUCUUGAUAGAACCCCUUUGCAUUACACAACAAGUGAAAGCGUAACAAAAUUAUUGCUCACCCAUACCUAUCAGAACCAGUGUAUAAAGCCUAAUCAAAUCACGGAUGAGAUGAGAGAUUACGAAAUAAAACCGAUGUCUGCUUUCAGAAGUAUGUGUUCAAAUCUAACUUUACAAAAUUCUUUCAGAAAUGUUUGUCGUGACUUUGUUAACUCACCUGAUAGGGAGGGUAAUACACCCUUACAUUCUGUUGUAAACAGGUGUCGUUUAACAGAAGAAAGCCAAAGUUGUAUAGACACUAUGAUAAUGAAUGGAGCUAAUCCUUAUCUAUCUAAUGACAGUGGUUUUUCAGCAUUCGAGUUAAUCAAAAGUAAUUGCGAUACUUCCAAGUACAUAAACAAUUAUGCAAAAUAUGAAAAAUUAGGUGGGAAGAUUUAUAAAGUAUUUGCUUCAGUCAUGUUCUGCUUAUUGGUAGUGACUUUUGUCGUAACAGUGCAACUUUCAUCGAUAAUUAGAAACGAAGUUCUAGAGGGAUAUUUUUGCAAUGGACAAGUCGUUGAAUCCAGUAAUUCGACUAUAAGGAUAAGCGUUAUUAUACACACUAUUCCAUUUAUUUGGUUAUUAUUAAUAACGUUUUAUAUGAGGUAUUCAGAUCUCCUGCAGCAAUGUUUUUGUUUGUGUGCAUUACUAGUAGUACUAGGAUGUGUUCUUUCCUUACUAUUUGGUGCAUUUGAAUACAUUCAAAUCAUAUGCAGGUUUAUGUAUUUAAUGUUUAUAGCUUUUCUUAUUUUUUCGAUGAAUUUCAAAUUCAUGGCAGCUUGCACAUCUGUACCAUUCGUUCGUUGGAACAAAGGGAAGGUAGUUUUCCUAAUAAUAUCCGCCACUCAAUUCAUUUUAUUGUUCUUAUUGUUAACGUUGUUAUCUGCAACAUCUGACCUAAAAUUCGACGAUUUUUAUAAUAUGAUCAAUAUACAAACACUGAACAAAAUAGUUUUCAAUUGUAUAGAAUAUAGUCCUGCAAAUAUAUCAUGUACCAGUUUAACCUAUAAUGGUACCUAUGAUGAUGUUGUCGAUUUCUCUGUUCAAUGUUUUACUGAUUCAAAUAUAACAAGUUAUAACGGUACAUAUGGUACACCUAUAGUAGAACCAGGAUAUAUAGACUGGUCAGAAAUAGGUCUCGUGUCUUUAUUUUGUUUUAAUUUUUCGUUAAAUGCAACAUGUGCUUAUUGUUUAUUUCACUGCAUAUUGGUACCUGUGAUGAAAAUGUUUAAAGGGAAAUCAAUGUACCCUAUUGUGUAUCUGGUGCAAUGGAUUUUUUAUGUAUAUAUAUAUAUAUUCAUAUCUUGUAUAAGUUUUUUCACUAAGUCUAACUGA